GCGGCCGAAGAGAAAGCAGCCGCGGCGGCUGAGGAGAAAGCGGCCCCGGGGUCGGACGCCGGGUGGGGGGGAGGGGGGGAGACGGAGCAGCCUUGAGCCCUGCAGGGGCCGUCGCACGGGGGACCCACCCGCUCUCCCCCCCAACCCUCCUCAGCAGAAGCCGCCGGCGGCGGCGGGGGCCGGAGUCAGCCCGCUUCCGACCGUACCCCGCCCGCCUCCCGGGGCUCUUUUUCUUUGGCCCCGGGACCCUAACCUCUUCCCGGGGCGGUUCCCCUCUGUCUGGGCGUCCGAGUGCUGCCCACUGCUCUUUCAUUUUCCCCUGCACCUCUUUACCUUCACUUUUCCCCGGGUUCUCUCCCUCCCCCCCCACCCCCCCGCCCUGCCUUUCGCCUUCUCUCCUCACUCUGUCCAGCCUCCUUCCCGUCGCGCAUUCUGCCCAGGAAAGUUUGGUACACCCCCCCCCCCCCGCAGCCCCCCUCCCCCCAAUCAGGUCAACCUGACUAGACUAGGAGUAGGGGGAGAUGUAGGAAAGGCCUGAGAGUUCGAGGGGGGGGGGAAGCCAGAAGCAGGUUUUCUUUGCAAAUUUCCCCCCCAUCUUUUGGGUUUUAGGGUGGCUGGGAAAUCUGUCGAAAUUGUGUUUUUUUGAGGAGGUGGUAGGUGUUUAGAAAAGGAUGUGGGAAUGGAAGGGGUAGAUGAGUCAACCCUCUUACAGGAUUCUAAGGGUGGUGUGUUACCUGAUCCUUUUCGUGUGUGGAGUUCAGGGGGUCGGGAGAUUUGGCCUUUAUUCCCACAUUCAAAGUUGGAACCUCCCCCAAAUUAAGGAUGGAGUUUUAGUAUCCACUUGUGGCAGGAAUCCUGGGGGGAAGGGGUCCUUUUUUCCCCCCCCUUUUCUUUUCUUUUUUUCCUUUCUUUUCCUUUUUCUUUUUUCUUUUUUGGCAACCCAUACCCUUCCACAUUCACACUCACCCAAAACUUAAACACCAAGAUCCUCUUAACUUGUUUGGAUUGACUGAUGAAGACAUAAAGCCAGUUACGCUCUAUGUUUUUUGGAGGUGGAGUGAGUGGUUUUUCUUCAUUUUUUAAAUGGCCAAAUGACAGCUUGACCCAGUUUGCUUUCCAAUCAAAGGGCAUUUUUUGAAUGUCUCUUUGUGGCGCAAGAGCCAACGCAAAAAUGAUGGCGGCUUACAAUGGCGGUACAUCUGCAGCAGCAGCAGGUCACCACCACCACCAUCAUCACCACCUUCCACACCUUCCUCCUCCUCACCUUCACCACCACCACCACCCUCAACACCAUCUUCAUCCGGGGUCGGCUGCUGCUGUACACCCUGUACAGCAGCAUACCUCUUCGGCUGCCGCCGCAGCCGCAGCAGCAGCAGCAGCCGCAGCUAUGUUAAACCCUGGGCAACAACAGCCAUAUUUCCCAUCACCGGCACCUGGACAGGCUCCUGGACCAGCUGCAGCAGCCCCAGCUCAGGUACAAGCUGCUGCAGCUGCUACAGUUAAGGCACACCAUCAUCAGCACUCGCAUCAUCCGCAACAGCAGCUGGAUAUUGAGCCCGAUAGGCCUAUUGGAUAUGGAGCCUUUGGUGUAGUCUGGUCAGUAACAGAUCCAAGAGAUGGAAAGAGAGUAGCACUCAAAAAGAUGCCCAACGUCUUCCAGAAUCUGGUCUCUUGCAAAAGAGUCUUCCGGGAAUUGAAGAUGUUGUGUUUUUUUAAACAUGAUAAUGUACUCUCUGCCCUUGACAUACUCCAGCCUCCACACAUUGACUAUUUUGAAGAAAUCUAUGUUGUAACAGAAUUGAUGCAGAGUGACCUACAUAAAAUUAUCGUCUCUCCUCAGCCACUCAGCUCAGAUCAUGUCAAAGUUUUUCUUUAUCAGAUUUUGCGAGGUUUGAAAUAUCUCCAUUCAGCUGGCAUUUUGCAUCGAGACAUUAAGCCAGGGAAUCUCCUUGUGAACAGCAAUUGUGUUCUAAAGAUUUGUGAUUUUGGAUUGGCCAGAGUGGAAGAAUUAGAUGAAUCACGUCAUAUGACUCAGGAAGUUGUUACUCAGUAUUAUCGGGCUCCAGAAAUCCUGAUGGGCAGCCGCCAUUACAGCAAUGCCAUUGACAUCUGGUCUGUUGGAUGUAUAUUUGCAGAACUACUAGGACGAAGAAUAUUGUUUCAGGCCCAGAGUCCUAUUCAGCAGUUGGAUUUGAUCACAGAUCUGUUGGGCACACCAUCACUGGAAGCAAUGAGGACAGCUUGUGAAGGUGCUAAGGCACACAUACUCAGGGGUCCUCAUAAACAGCCUUCUCUUCCUGUACUCUACACCCUGUCUAGCCAGGCUACACAUGAAGCUGUUCAUCUACUUUGCAGGAUGUUGGUCUUUGAUCCAUCAAAAAGAAUAUCCGCUAAGGAUGCCUUAGCCCACCCCUACCUAGAUGAAGGGCGACUAAGAUACCACACAUGCAUGUGUAAAUGUUGCUUUUCCACCUCUACUGGAAGAGUUUAUACCAGUGACUUUGAGCCCGUCACAAAUCCCAAAUUUGAUGACACUUUUGAGAAGAACCUCAGUUCUGUCAGACAGGUUAAAGAGAUUAUUCACCAAUUCAUUUUGGAACAGCAGAAAGGAAACAGAGUGCCUCUCUGCAUCAACCCUCAGUCUGCUGCUUUUAAGAGCUUUAUUAGUUCCACUGUUGCUCAGCCGUCUGAGAUGCCCCCAUCUCCUCUGGUAUGGGAGUGACAGUGGAGGAUAAUGUACUACUGAAGAUGUCAUGUAGCUUUCCACUGGAGUCUGGGAUUUGCAAUUCUGGAGGUUAAUCAUGCUUGUACUGUAAUUUUACUAAUGAAGUUUUAAAUUAACAACCACUACUUGUAUGAUAUGAAUAAUAUUUAGAAAUGUUACUAGACUUUUAAUCUUGUAAAGUGGUUGUGCUUUUAGAAGAAAAAAAUAUUUUACCCAGAGUUGCACAUGUUUUAUGAAAUUAGUGCAGCUGUUAUGGCUCACCUCAGAACAAAAGAGAAUUGAACCAAAUCUGAGAGUUGGGGUUUUUGUUUUCUUUUUUUAUUUUUAUUGAAGUGAGAUUGUACACACACACACACACACACACACACACACACACACACACACACACACAGAGGACAGUCCUACAUUUUGAUAUUUGAGCCAUUCCUAAAGAUUUGGUGUUUUCUAAAACUAAAGAAUCUAGAAACGUUGCCUGCGACCAAUCAUGGAGCCACGUGAGCUAAGCGUGGCUGCGCCUGGGGGAUGGGGAGGGAGGCGGGGCAUGCCACCUAAUGAUCAAGCCCUAUAAUUAGCUUCUCAUUAGCGCCGUGAUGGUGAUGUGUGCUGUCUAAAAUCCAAUGUUGUGGGUAGAGAGGAUGAGUCUGUGACUAGGAGAGACUAAAACUUUUGUUUUUCCUUAUUCAGUAUAAAUAUAUAUAUAUAUAUAUUUAAUCUAUUUUUAUUAGAAGUUUUUCUGCUCUUUCUUACAUAAAAGAACCCCAAGCAUGCAUCUUUCAUGUGUGUAAAUAAUUCAUUUCUGGGCUAAUUUCAAAAGAAUCCCAACAUUGCUGUAUAGAGAAAGAACUAGCUUGCACAUUUUAGGUCUGUGAAAUUUUGUGAGACUUUUCCUGCACUGGACAGUGAAAAAUAAUAAAUAAAUAAUAAAAGACAGAAACAAAUUUUUUAAAAGUUAAAGCCACACACACACACACACAAAAAGGCACAUAGGGAAUUAUGUCAAAUGUGUUUGUGUCCUUAGGCAAAGCUGUGGGAGUCUUGAAAUGUCACAGUAGUAAAUAACUUAUUACUUUUUGACAAAUUUCUUUUUUUUUCUGUUGGAACACUGAAUUCUUCUGUGUAUAUGUAUAUAUGAAUACAAACUGAAGGCCUCUACCUCCUGGAGUUAGACAACUUGGCUUGUUUACCUCCACAUGCUGAUGAUGACUAUUUUUUUUUUUAAGUUCAGUGUGGAGACUUGAAACUUGAAUGUCCCUUCCAACUUUUAUAUUAAAAAUAAAAAGACAAGAAAAUUGAAGAUCGCUUUUCACCUGUACAAGGAGUACUAACGGAUCGUCUUAUAAUUGGUCUAGGAAAAAAAAAACAAAACCUUGGUGUGUGUUAUGGACACUUAACUGUUGAAGUUAUUGUAAGUUAUCUGUAUUUAGCAGAGUAUUUUCAUCUUGAGUGAUCUGAGCUGAAUUUGAAGAUUAUUAAUAAGUUAUGUUUGGAAGUUUUAACUUCAAUGAAGUAAUUAUUUGCUGUGAAAGAAACAAACAUUGAAUUACUAAACAAAGAUGGUGCAAUAUCUUUGUUUUUUUUUUUUAUGAGGCUCCUGAGAAUCAACCCCACUGAAGCAUUUCAGUUCACUUGAAUGAGAAACGUGUUUAGUAUCAAAAGAGCCCAAGAAGACACUGGUGUGAAAGGUACAAUCUCAGAGGUUGGUCAAUUACCGUGGCACACUUUCUGGUCACUUUGUACAAUGUAGAUUUGAAGUACAGUGGUGAAAACAUUAAAUGUGACAUUUGAAAAAGA